AUGAAGAGCAAGCGCGCAAGAGAGACCGCCGAGGUCGACGACAAGCCCAUUGCUUCCGUUGAUUCUGAGGCCCCAGCCAAGAAGCGCAAGCGCAGCGAGGAUGAUGGUGCCGAUCUGAAGAAGGCUAAGAAAGAGAAGAGAGACAAGAAGUACAAGAAGGAAUCGCGCAAGGAGCGCAAGGAGAAGCGCAAGAACCUCCAGGACCUCCCUGAGCAGGACGAUGACGAAGAGGCGGCUGAGGAUGCUCCAAUGGCUGAAGCUGAUGACAAGCCAGCGGAUGCGCCAGUAGAGGCAGAUAAGCCUGCGAAGAAAGACAAGAAGAAGAAGGACAAGAAGGCCAAAACCGACGAGUCACAACCACAGGACGGCGCCAGCGCCGAUGCCGAACCCAAGGACGAGCCAAAGAAGAGCAAGAAGGACAAAAAGAAGCAAAACAAGGCCUCCGAAACAACGACCACCAACGAUGAAUCUGCUGGUGGUGCUGAUGCAGAGGCUGCUGAUGGCAAAGGAGACCGUCACAUUGUCUUCGUCGGAAAUCUGCCCUUCACCGCCACUGCCGAAACAAUCAAAACCCACUUUGCCUCUCUCAACCCAGUGUCAGUUCGCUGCAUGAGCGAUCCCAAGGAUAGCAAGCCCUGCCGUGGCUUUGCCUUUGUCGAGUUCGAAAAGGUCUGGCAUAUGCGAACAUGCCUCGACAAGUUCCACCACUCCGAGUUCUCAGAUGGUGUCUCUUACCCCCGCCGCAUAAACGUCGAGUUGACUGCCGGUGGAGGUGGCAAGACAAAGCAGCGCCAGGACAAGAUCAAGGAGAAGAACCGCAAACUCGACGAGAACCGCACCAAGCGUAUUGAGCGUGAGAGGACGGCAAAGGAAGAGAACAAGGGCAAGGGUGACACUCGCAAAGCUGGAGAGGAUGGUAUUCAUCCAAGUCGGCGUGCCCACAUUCCUGGCAACCGCUGGUAG